AUGUCUUCCCCCACCAAGGAGAAGGAGAAGGACCCUGACAAGGAUACCACUUGGUUUCUCAUCAACUGUAUUAUGCACAGUGAAGUUGGAAAAAUCGAGAAGAUUGACUGGGAGGCGGUUGCCCAGAAGAUGAAUGUCCCCUCCAAGGGCGCAGCUCAAAUGCGUUAUCACCGGCUGCUGGCAUCUUACGGGCUGAACAGGGCAUACACCUCCCAGGCAGAGCAAGUCUCUGGUUCCAACCAUGCUGAGAAUGGAACCAACGAACCCUCGACCAUUCCGAAGCGAAAGCGGAAGUCGAACAAGCGCAAGCGUCCAGACACCAUGACCCAGGAUUUGGCCGAUGAUAUUGAGAACAAGAUUAAGCUGGCUCCCGAGGGUGAAGCCCAGUUUGAAACCGCCUAA